UGUUGUUUGUUUUGACACAGAAGAAGAAGUUGCAGGUCGCUCGCCGAGAGGCUGACAGGAUGAAACUAUAAAAAAAUAAGAUAAUAAGAAGCUGCUGCUGCGGACUUCAUCAUGGCUCAACAGGCUAAAAUUCUGUAUGACUUCACAGCAGAACCAGGAAACAAUGAGCUGUCAGUCCGACAGGGAGAGACCGUCUUUGUGCUAGACCAGACUGUGGGUGGAGGCUGGAUCUCAGCCCAGAACUUUAACGGACAAACCGGACUGGUACCUGAGGGGUAUUUACAGGUCUGUGGCAGCGGUGAAGCAGGAGGGGACUCGUGGUCAGGGGCGGAGGCUUUUGUCAACAACCCAACAGACGGAUAUACGCACACACAACACGCCGCUGAGGACGAUGACGGUGAGUGGGACGACGACUGGGAUGACCAAUCUGUGGGUGGUUACCAUGGUGACAAUCAGCAGGAUGAGGAGGGUGGGGCUUCAGGAAGGAGUACCCACGGACCCUCCAUGAAGCUUUCCCUGAACAAGUUUCCGUUCUCCAAAGGUCCGAGUCCGGAAGUCUUCUUGUUGGCUAAACCUCCGGCUAACAGCAGAGACAGACUUCCUGUUUACAUGGGAGAGGUCGGUCCGGUCUGGCUGUACCCGACGACUCCUCUCGACUGUUGGAUCGCCGACCCAAAGAAAGAGUCUAAACUUUACGGACUGAAGAGCUUCAUCGAGUACCAGGUUACUCCAAAUUCAACCAACACGCCUGUCAAUCAUCGCUACAAGCACUUUGAUUGGCUGUACGAGCGUCUACUGGAGAAGUUUGGCUCGGUGCUGCCCAUCCCCUCGCUGCCUGACAAACAGGUGACAGGUAGGUUCGAGGCGGACUUCAUCAUGACGAGGAUGGAGCAGCUGCAGGCGUGGAUGACCCGGCUGUGUCGCCACCCCGUCGUCUCUCAGAGUGAGGUCCUUCAGCUGUUCCUCACCUACAGAGACGAGAAGGAGUGGAAGGCGGGAAAGAGGACAGCGGAGAGAGACGAGACGGUGGGACCGGUGAUUUUCAGCCUCGUUGAACCUGAAGCUCCGGAGCUUGACGCCGUCCAGGUGGAGCGUCAGUGUGAACUCUACAGUCGUUUUACAAAGUCGAUGGAUGACGGAGUCAAAGAGCUGCUGAACGUCGGACACACUCACUGGAAACGCUGCACCGGACCGCUGCCUAAAGAGUACGAGCGGAUCGGUCGAGCCUUCAGGAACCUGUCAGCUGUUUUCAUCAGCAGCCAGUAUCCAGGAGAGGCCACGCUGACAGACGCUCUGACCGCUGCUGGAAAAACAUACGAAGAGAUCGCACAGAUUGUUGCUGAGCAGCCUCAGAAGGACCUUCACUUCCUGCUGGAGACAAACAGCGAGUACAAAGGCCUGCUGGGAUGUUUCCCAGAAAUCAUUGCUGUACACAAGGCUGCAGUGGAGAAGGUGAAGGAAGCCGAUCGUCUGGUUUCUGCCGGAAAAAUCAACAAUGAUGAUAAGAAGUGCAUGAACCAUCGAAUCAGCUGCAUGAGCUACUCCCUGCAGGCUGAGAUGAAUCAUUUCCAUAGUAACCGUAUCUAUGACUACAACAGAGUGAUGCAGCUGUACCUGGAGCAGCAGGUGACCUUCUACCAACAGAUCGCUGAUAAGCUGAGAGGAGCUCUGAGCCAGUUCACCACGCUGUGAGGAUGACGGAACGAUGACAUCACCAUUGACUGUUACACUUUUAACAAAAUUAAAGCCUGAAUAUAAAUUAAUAAGAUGUGAAACCUAAUUCUUCUUCUUCUUGUUUUAUUUUAAAAAAAGAUUGUUUGUUUGUUUUUUAUUCUUCUGAAUAUUGAUGUUUUAACUGGAUUUUACACAUUAAAUUCACUUUGGACACUA